AUGGCAUUUGCUUCUGCUUUUCGUCGCAUUCUCAGCGGAUCUUCGAUGCCUCCUUCUACUCUCCAUCCUCAGUUCUCUUGGGUUCGUUUCAAUUCAACCCUCACAUCCCCAAAGCUAUUCGUCAGUGGCCUUUCAAGAUUAACAACUGAUGAAAAGCUUGCAGACACAUUUGCCCCAUUUGGCCAGCUUAUCGAAGCAAAAGUAAUUGUAGAUAGAGCCUCUGGAAGAUCUAAGGGGUUUGGUUUUGUUACAUAUGAAACAAUAGAAGCAGCUGAGAAAGCUCGGGAAGGAAUGAAUGCCAAGUUCUUGGACGGAUGGGUUAUUUUUGUCGAUCCUGCCAGGCCAAGGGAGCGGAGACCUCCACCUCAACCAGAGCCACAGCCCUCUGAAACUGGUUUCAGAACAAAUAAGACUAUUGGUUGGAGUGGUUGA